AUGCAGGUGCCCGAGAUUGAGCAUCCUUCGGUGGUCACCUGCGACGACGAAGGCAACCUGUUCGUGGGCGAAGACCCCAUGGACAUGCGGGGCCCGACGACCGAACCCAUCGAUCGCGUGAUCUACCUUCGCUGGUCGGAUGACGAUGGACCUCCGAAGAAGACCGUGUUCUGCGAUGGCCUUUCGGCUGUGUUCGGGUUGGUGUGGUACGACGACGCGCUUUACGUGAUGCAUGCUCCGUACUACAGCGUGUUUCGCGAUACCGACGGCGACGGGGUGGCCGACGAACGGAAAGACCUGGCCGAAGGGUUCGGCCCUCCGGCGGGCGUGUUCGGCUUCAACGAUCACAUCGUCACCGGAACCCGGCUGGGACUCGACGGGCUAGUUUAUGUCUCCGUCGGCGAUAAAGGCAUCCAACGCGCCACCGGGGCCGACGGCUCUACGAUCACGCUCGAGGGUGGCGGCGUGGUUCGGAUGCGGCCCGACGGGACCGAGUUGGAGAUUGUCUCUUCCGGCACACGCAAUCACCUCGACGUGGCGAUGGACUCGCUGGACAACAUCUUCACCUACGACAACACCGACGAUGGUCUCGGCUGGUGGACCCGUUUCACGCAUCACAUUCCCAGUGGUUACUACGGCUACCCUUACGAUUACCACGACCAUCCCGAGCGGCAUCUUCCCCGCAUCAGCGAACACGGCGGCGGAUCGCCCUGCGGUGCGGCCUGUUAUCGCGGGGCGGCCUGGCCCGAGCGGUACGUCGACAGUGGCUUCUUUUGCGAAUGGGGCAAAGGCAAAGUGCAGCGGUUCAGCGUGAAGCCCAACGGGGCGACGUUCACCGCCGAAAUCGAAGACUUCAUGACGAACGACGGUACCGGCGACUUCCGCCCUCAAGAUUUAUGCUUUAGCCCCGAUGGCCGCACGAUGUAUGUGGCAGACUGGAACUUCGGCGGAUGGACGCAGCCCGAGCAACGAGGGCGGCUAUAUCGCGUGACCUACGUCGGCGACGAUCUCCGCGACGUGCCUCCGGCCGAUGCGGCGUGUGACGAUGUGGACGCAUUGAUCGAUCAACUGGAUCAUCCCAACUACCAGGCCCGCCGCGUGGCUCAAACUCAAUUGGCGAAGCUUGGUCAACCGGCUGCCGAGGCACUGCCUGAAUUGCUUAAGAAGGACGAUGUCCCGGCCGUAGCGAAGGUGCAUGCGAUUUGGGCGCAGAACGCUUUGAUUGAUGAGUUGGAAGGCUACACGCCCGCGGAGGAUUGGAUCGCUCGGCUGGACGAUCCCCAGGCGGAUGUCCGCGGGCAGGCGGCGCGGGCGCUGGGGCUGCGGCGAAUGAAUGAGGCCGUCGAAUCCCUGGUUGUUGCGUUAACCGACGACGCUCCCACCGUGCGGCUUCGCGCGGCGAUUGCCUUGGGGUGGAUUGGUAACUCCAACACCACCCCUGCUCUGUGGGAAGCCUUGGCCGACGAAGAUCGGAACGUCAGCUUUGCGGCCAUGCAGGCGUUGCGGACGAUUGGCGAUUGGUCGCUGGCUGGAAAAUACCUCGACCACAGCAAUGAAAAAAUUCGCCAGGCAGCCCACGUCACACUGACUGGCCAAUACGAUGCGGACGCCGUUGAAGCACUGAGCCAAACCGUCGCCGAGGCCGAACACGCCGACGCUCGCGCCUCGGCCGUAGCGGCUCUGGCCGAGGUGCAUCGUCAGGCCGAUCCAUACGAGUCGGGCUGGUGGGGAACGCAACCGGCGCGGAACCCGCCGGCACGGCCCAAGAAGAAUGAAUGGUCGGGCACGCCCGUCGUCAUGCGAACGCUGAUGGACGCCCUCGAACAAGACACCCCCGAGGUGCGUCUGGCCGCCGCCACGGCAUUCGCCACGGUCGAGCAUGAAGCGGCCCUGCCUGUGCUGCGGGCGAUGGCCAGCGAGGAUGAAGACGCAGCGGUCCGUCGAGCGGCGAUCGAAACGCUUGUCACCCGUCGCGACGAGCAAACGGUGCCGCUGUUGGCCUCGGUGGCGGCCGACACUCAGCUCGACGAUGAACUUCGCCGCGAAGCCGUCGCCGGCAUCAUGCGGAUUGGCUCGGCCGAAGCGUUGGGGCAACUCAUCGAGUUGAUCGCCGACCAGAACACCUCGCCCGACUUGGUGGUGAUGUGUAUGGAAGCAGUCGCCAAACUCGAGUCGAAUCAGGCCAACGAUCAGAUUCGCGUACGGCUGAAAGAUAAAGACGCUGCGGUUCGUGCGAUGGCAGCCAAGGUUUACUCGGGCCGCCUUGGCGAUCAAUCGGUCGUCGAUCUGCUGCCGCUGUUGGAAGACCCUGAGACGACGGUUCGCCAGGCCGUUCUGCUGGCGCUCGGAAGCACCCACGCCACCGAAGCCGUACCGCAGCUCAUCGCGGCGGCGGCCGACGAGGCGACCGAGUUCGAGGCGCUUUCGGCGCUGGCGAUGAUGGCCGACGCCCGCGCGUUCCCGCAGUACCUGACCGGUUUGGCUCACCGAAAUCAGGCCCUUCGCGAUGCCUCGCGGGCGGCACUCACGCAGAUUCGCGAAGAGAUCGCCGAAGAACUCAUCGCCCUGCACGACCGCAACGAAUUGCCCCAGGCGGUAAUUCAAGACUUACAGAUUGUUUACUCGACCCCCGCGCUGGUUUCUUCUUGGCACGUGUUGAACUCAUGGACGAAACCGGAGGUGCCCGAGAUCGACUUCAACGCGGCCCCCGACUUCGAUGCCCCGGUGACCGUGGGCGAAGACACGGUUACCUGGCGAGUGAUCGACGCCCAGGCUGAAACUGGAAGGGUAUCGCUACACCGCACGUUGCGUCCCCGCGAUUCGAGUUACACACUGGCCUACCUGGCAAUUCCUGCACAGACCGACUCGCGUGCUCAACUGCAACUGGGGAGCGACGAUCAGGUCACCUUGUGGGUCAACGGUGAAGAACUCCACAGCUUUGGCGGAAGCCGUGGUUGGGCUCCCGAUCAGGCCACGGUUGAUGUUGAUCUGCAUGAGGGCGUGAACCAUGUGUGGCUGCUGCUGGGGAACGACGGUAGUCCCUGGGAGUUCAGCAUGCAUGUGGGACAGCGCGAUCCUCGUUUUGCUUUCCUCGACCAAUCGGUUCCCCCGCAACUGAACCUGGCCGCCUAUGUGGAUUACGCCACCGAACAUGCGGGCGACGCCAAAAACGGCGAGCGGUUGUUCAACGACGCGAAGGGGAUCGGUUGCGUGAAGUGCCAUGCGGUCGAUGGCUCUGUCGCCAAGGCCGGGCCCGACUUGCGGGGCGUCGGCACGAAAUAUCCGCGCCCCGAACUGAUGCGUUCGAUCCUCGAGCCCUCAAGCCGGAUCCUCUCUGGCUACGAGCUUUCGGUGGUCAUCACCGACGCGGGACAGGUGUUCCAGGGCGUGGUGAAACUUGAAAACGAAGAGGUCGUCGAGCUGAUCGAUGUGGAGGGCAAGUCGAUCACCAUCCCGGCCGACGAAGUGGACGAAAUCGAGCGGAGCACCCUGUCGAUGAUGCCCAAUGGGCUGAAAGACGGCAUGUCUCUGCAAGAUUUCGCCGACAUCAUCGCCUACCUCAGUGAAUUGAAGGUAUUACGGUUCACCACACGCUUCCUCCGCCGCACUGCUUGCCUGGCAGUGGCCUUCUACUUGAGCGGAGCCUGGCUCGCCACGGCUGAAGCACAAAUUAAGUACCUCGAAGGGCACAGCGAACCGGUUUACGCCGUGGCCUACUCGCCCGAUGGGAAGUACCUGGUAACCGGCAGCUUCGACAAAACGGUUCGCAUCUGGGAUCGGCAAACCGGGCAGGUGGUGCAAACACUGGAAGAUGCCGACAACCUGAUUCUUAGCGUGGCCGUCUCGCCCGACGGAAAGCAACUCGCCAGCGGCGGGCUGGGUAAAGCCGUACUGGUGUACGACAUGCCGACCAGUGGACCGUUGGCCGAGUGGAGCGACUUCGACGGGUCGGUCACCGGUGUCGAUCUUUCUGAAGAUGGCACCCGACUGCUCACCGGCGAUCGCAGCGGCAACGUGAAACUGUGGGACACGGCCGCGGGUCAAGUUGUGCACAACUUCCCCAGCGACGAUACACCCGUGGUGGCCGUAAAGCUUAGCGACGACAACACACUGGCUCUCGCGGCAACUUCCCACGGUACCGUGAAGGCCUGGACCACGGCCGACGGUAAGCCGGCCGCCACGCUGGAAACUGGAACGCCCAUCCAAGACCUGGCCCUGCGAGCGGGCAAUACCGCGUUGAUCACUGGCGACUACGACGGGGUGCUUCGCCAAUACACAUGGCCGCCUGCGGCGCCCACUUCGGUUGCCGCCCCGCAACCACUUCGGGCCAUCGUGCGCGAUCCUUCCGGGGCGUGGUUGGCCACGGCUUGCGACGAUGGUCACGUGCGGAUUCAUCAGGCCGCCGAUGGCGCCGAACAAAGGGCGAUCAACGUCGGAGGCAAGCUCACUUCGCUGGCCGUGAACCACGACGGAACGCAACUGGCCGCGGCGGGGGCCGACGGUCGCGUGACGCUGAUCAACCCGGCCGACGGAGCCACACUCGGUGCAUUCAAGCCGCACGGGAGCGAAGUCACCGCCCUGGCAUUCCACCCCCAAGGCACACAACUGGCCACCGCUGGGGCCAACGGAGCUAUUCGCAUCUGGCAGUUACCGCUACCCUCGGCCAGCGAGAUGCCCGCCACCGAAGGUACGGUUGGCUCCAUCGCUUCGGUCGCCUCGAGCGACGGUCGCAAGAAAUAUCUCGCCGGAAGCGACCAGCGGAUUCGCAUGGUCGAUACCGAAACCGGUGGGGUGCUGGCCAUCGAAGGUCAGGCCGGCGAUCUCACCGCGUUGGCCUUGGCCGCCGAAGAAGGUCACCUGCUGGCCGGCGACGCGGCCGGGAAAGUGAAGCAGUGGAACACGGCCGACGGUUCGCUGGUUCGCCACAUCGACGCUCACAAAAGUGGCGUGGUUGGUGUGGGUGUGUUGAACGAACUGAGACAAGUCGUCACCGCGGGCGAUCAUCGUCUGCGGUUUUGGAAGGCGGCCGACGGGACUGAGGUUCGCACUGUGGAUGUGAAGGUGCCCGUCACCGCGCUGGCCAUGCGUGGCGACGACCAACUGCUGGCCGUCGGUUGUGGUGACAACAAGGUCCGCGUUUACAAGCCGGCCGAAGACGAACCCACCGCCACGAUCGACGCCCACGGGGCACCGCUCACCGCCGUGGCGUUCUCGCCCGACGGUUCGCAGCUUAUCACCUGUGGCCAAGACAAAACGGUGGCCGUAUGGCAGGUCGGUUCGAACGAACGACUGCAACUCGAGACGCUUCCGGCCGUCGCGCGCAGUGUUGAAGUGGCUGCCGACGGAAAGCGGCUGCUGGCCCGUUGCGAAGACAACCUGGUACGCAGCCUCCCGAUUCAAACGCCUAUGCGAAUCGCCGGUCAUGGUGCAGGCAAAACCGUGCUCGCGUUCACACCCGAUGGUUCGCGGCUGGUCACCGGCGGUACCGACCGCAUGGUGCAUCUGUGGGAUGUGGCGAGCGGGUCGAAGGUGCAAUCGCUGGCCGGUGCAGUCGACGAUAUUCUUGCCGUGGCCGCCAGCCCCGACGGGCAGUAUGUCUCCGCUGGAAGCAAAGACGGGCACGCUCGAUUGUGGCAGCUCGAGCGCAAGGUGAUGAUCGGUGACUGGCCCACGCGGAACCCUGUGCUAAGCGUGGCGUUCACACCCGACUCGAAACGGGUGCUGGCCGCCGGUGACGACGAUCGCGGACACAUCAUCGACAUCGAACGAGCCAAACCCCAAGAGCAGCUCGCCGGUCAUACCGCGGCGGUGAAUGGGAUUGUCGCCCUACCUGAUGGUCGUGUGGCCACCUGCGGGGCAGACAACACUUUGAAGCUAUGGAGUUCGCCGGUCACUAAGCCCCUUACGGCUCAUCCGCGUGGUGUGAAUGCAGUGUCGUUUGCCUCCGGGGGAACGCAACUGUUCACCGCCGGUGAAGAUGGCGUGCUUACGCUGUGGAAUCCUGAGGACUUCACCCCCACGCUGCAAUUCAGUGGGGCGGUGGCUGGGCUGAAAUCGAUCGACGUUCAAGACCCUGGUACGCUGGUCGCCGCGGGUGGCGAUGAUGGUGUAGUCCGCGUGUGGAGAACCACCGACGGAGCGCCGGUGAUGGAAGUGCAAACCCCGCUGGCCGUGACGGCCGUGGCGAUCAGUCGCGAUGGCUCUCAGGUGCACAUCGGCGCGGGCGACAACGCGGUGCGGAGCUACCGCAUCCCCUCGGGCGAGAUGAUCGCCGAGUACAAACAACAUGCGGCCGCCGUGACCGACCUGGCAGUGGCCGCCGCCGGAAACCGCCUCUACAGUGCGGGGCUCGAUCAUUCAGUCGUCGCCUGGCAACCGACUUCAUCGACCGCUCGGUUGCGGCUCGAAGGGCAUACCUCGCAUGUCUACGCGUUGGCCUUCAACAAUGACUCAACGAAGCUGGCCUCCGGCAGUGCCGACAAGACGAUUCGCUUCUGGAAUACGGCCGACGGGGCGAACGACGCCACCGGCGAAGGACACGAGUCGCAGGUCUACUCGCUGGACUUCCACCCACAGCAAGAUGUGCUGGCCAGCGGUGGGGCCGACAAAUCAAUUCGCUUCUGGAACCCGGCCGACGGCAAACAAUCGAGUGAGAUCAAGGAAGGCAUCGCCGACGGAAUUUACUCUGUGGAAUAUUCGGCGGAUGGUGCGGAGUUGAUCGCCGCCGGGCUGGCCAAAACUUGGCAACGCUUCAAUCCGGCCGACGGCAGCGUGAUGGCGACCACCGGCGGGCAUAGCGAUCACAUCUAUCGGGCCUUGUAUUCACCCGAUGGUACGCGCGUGGCCACGCUCGGCUACGCCGGCACGCUCAUGCUGUGGGACAGGGCCACGGCACAGCAACAGCACUCAGAAACCUUGCCAGUGAAGGCCGCCUUCUCGAUGGCGUACUCGCCCGAUGGCAGCGAACUGGCGAUUGCCACCAGCGACAACCGGUUGUUGUUGUUUACGGUUCCCCCUGUUGAAGAAGCUGCGGCAGAGGAGUAA